GCUUAGAAAGAAUUGCAAGAGAUUCAGCCUAUGAGCAAGAAGGAAAAGUUCAGUUUGUAAUUGACGCAGUAUAUUCCAUGGCCUAUGCACUACACAACAUGCAUAAAGAUCUCUGUCCUGGAUAUAUUGGUCUGUGCCCGAGGAUGAAUACAAUUGAUGGUAAAGAACUACUUGGCUAUAUCCGAGCAGUAAACUUUAAUGGGAGUGCUGGAACACCUGUUAUCUUCAACGAAAAUGGAGAUGCUCCUGGACGCUAUGAUAUUUUUCAAUAUCAAAUCACCAACAAGAGUACAGAGUACAAAGUAAUUGGUCAAUGGACUAACCAACUUCAUCUAAAUGUAGAAGAUAUGCAGUGGGCUAACAGACAGCACACUCAUCCAGCAUCUGUGUGCAGCCUGCCCUGUAAAGCCGGGGAAAGAAAGAAAACAGUGAAGGGAGUGCCCUGCUGCUGGCACUGCGAGCGCUGUGAGGGGUACCAUUACCAGGUGGAUGAAUUCAACUGUGAACUGUGCCCCAUCAAUAAGAGACCAAAUGCCAACCGCACGGAUUGCCAGCUUAUCCCUAUCAUCAAACUGGAAUGGCAUUCUCCUUGGGCCAUCGUGCCCGUCUUCAUCGCUAUUCUCGGGAUAAUUGCCACCACCUUUGUGAUUGUGACAUUUGUCCGGUACAAUGACACACCGAUCGUCAGGGCCUCUGGACGGGAGCUCAGUUAUGUGCUCUUGACUGGGAUUUUUCUCUGUUACUCCAUUACAUUUUUAAUGAUCGCGACUCCUGAUACAGUAGUCUGCUCAUUUCGAAGGAUCUUUUUAGGACUUGGUAUGUGUUUCAGCUAUGCUGCCUUGCUUACCAAAACAAACAGGAUUCACAGAAUAUUCGAACAAGGUAAAAAAUCUGUCACAGCUCCCAAAUUCAUUAGUCCGGCUUCGCAGCUGGUGAUCACUUUCAGCCUCAUAUCCAUGCAGCUUAUUGGAGUCUUCAUCUGGUUUGCUAUUGAUCCACCACAUACCAUUGUAGACUAUGGAGAACAGAGGACACUCGAACCAGAAAAUGCCAGGGGAGUUCUCAAAUGUGACAUUUCAGAUCUGUCUCUCAUUUGUUCCCUUGGAUACAGUAUUCUCUUGAUGGUCACAUGCACUGUUUAUGCUAUUAAAACAAGAGGGGUUCCAGAGACCUUCAACGAAGCAAAACCCAUUGGAUUUACUAUGUACACAACCUGCAUAAUUUGGUUAGCUUUUAUUCCAAUCUUUUUUGGCACGGCCCAAUCAGCAGAGAAGAUGUACAUCCAGACCACAACACUUACUGUCUCCAUGAGUUUAAGUGCUUCUGUGUCUCUGGGCAUGCUCUACAUGCCCAAGGUUUAUAUUAUCAUUUUUCAUCCAGAGCAGAAUGUUCAAAAACGGAAGCGGAGCUUCAAGGCUGUGGUGACAGCUGCCACAAUGCAAAGCAAAUUGACCCAAAAAGGAAAUGACAGACCAAAUGGCGAGGUCAAAACUGAACUGUGUGAAAGUCUUGAAACCAACACCUCCUCUACCAAGACAACUUAUGUCAGUUACAGCAAUCAGGCAAACUGA